UCAUGGAUGCAAUCCCAAUUAUUUUAAGGUUAUGUUUUGUUCGUUUUUCUGCAAACAUGCUUGUUUUGUUUUGAUUUGUGACAAUGUCUAAAAAGUGGUCUGAUUUGAAUGUCACAUUCAGUAAAGUUGUUAAAGAUAGUAUAAAUUCGUUUAAUUUCCCAACUGCUACGCCAGUUCAAGCCGCUGUUAUUCCUUUACUAUUAAAUAAGAAAGAUGUUACGGCAGAGGCUGUCACAGGAUCAGGAAAAACCUUAGCAUUUCUAAUACCACUUGUUGAAAUUUUAUUGCGACGUGAGGAAAAAUUGAAACAACAUGAAAUCGGAGCUAUUGUUAUUUCACCUACGCGAGAGCUAGCGAUUCAAACCAGCGAAGUUCUAAGUGCAAUUUUGAAUCAUGUUUUAAAUUUAAAACAAAUAUUAUUCAUUGGAGGAAACAGUGUGGAUGAAGAUGUACAAAAUUUUCGCAAAUUUGGUGGCAAUAUUGUAAUUUGUACACCCGGUAGAUUAGAAGAUUUAUUAACACGAAAUGUAGACUUAAAUUUAGCGGGCGCAGUGAAAAGUUUAGAAAUUUUAAUAUUAGACGAAGCAGAUCGAUUAUUGGAUUUAGGAUUUCGAGGAUCUUUAGAUACAAUUUUAAGUUAUUUGCCCCGACAGAGACGAACUGGAUUAUUUUCAGCAACACAAACUCGUGAAUUACAAUCGUUAGUACGUGCUGGGCUACGAAAUCCCGUAAUGGUUGUUGUUAAGGAGAAACAAGCAGAAGCAACUCCAUUAUUGUUGAAUAAUUAUUUCACUGUUAUAAAUGCAGAAGAUAAAAUGGCAUAUCUUUUGAAUUUCCUAAAAGAAAAUCAAGUAAAUAAGGCAAUGUUAUUUUUACCAACAUGUGCAUGUGUCGAUUAUUGGAAUGACGUGCUAAGUCGCUUACCUAGUGAUUUGCUAUCACUCACAAUAAUGGCUGUUCACGGACAAAUGAAACAAAAAAGGAAUUUAAUUUUAAAACGUUUCAAAGAUGCUUCAAAAUCUCUUUUACUGUGUACAGAUCUUUUAGCGCGUGGGGUUGAUAUUCCUGAAGUUGAUUGGGUCUUACAAUUUGAUCCUCCAGCGAGUGCUAGUGCUUUUGUACAUCGUGUAGGUCGAACAGCACGACAAGGAGCUGUAGGUUCCGCUUUAAUUUUACUACUGCCUUCAGAAGAAGCCUAUGUUGAUUUUCUUGAACGAAAUCAACGGGUGAAAUUAUUAAAAAUGGAUAGUGAAAUCACACUUGAUCAAUUUCGAGGUAAAUUGGUACAAAACUUACGGGAACAGCAGAUGGGAGAUCGAAGUAUUAUGGACAAAGGGGUUCGAGCUUUUGUUGCACAUAUUCGAGCUUAUUCUAAGCAUGAAUGCUCGUUACUGUUACGAGUAAAGGAUUUGCCAUUGGGUAAAAUGGCUAUGGGUUACGGAUUAUUACAAUUACCUAAAAUGCCCGAAUUAAAAAAGUGUGAUACAACCGGUUUUGAAACUAUUCCAAAUUUAGAUUUUAACUCAAUUUCGUAUAAAGAUAAACAAAAAGAAGAAAUUCGCCAACAAAAGUUAUCCGUAUAUUCACAAUCUGGUGUGUGGCCGUCUAAAAAACAACGUCUGAUACAAAAACCAACUACUCCAUGGUCGAAAACCAAAGAAAUGAAAGAAGAGAAGAAAAACCGAAAAUUAAAACGUAAAUUAGCAAAUGCAAAGCGAAUAGAGAAUGGUGGACCAGUUAAAAAGAAAAAGAAAAAACAGAAAAUUAGUCAAGAGGAUAUAGAUGAAUUGGCAAAGGAUAUUGCGUUAGUUAAAAAGUUAAAAAAUAAGAAAAUUACUGAUGAACAAUUUGAAAAUGAGAUUGGAAUGUCUUAAUAAAGUAUUUGUUAUUUCAUUUUUGUGGUUCUUAUUAAAUUAGGUUAAAUCUAUUUGGGGCGAAAAUUAGUAUACCCACCACAGGAGUAAGUAAAGAAUAUCUCAGAUCUCAUGUUUCUCACCCCAAGCUUCGCCUCGGGCGACAAUGUACAUGC